AUGGGGCAUGAAAAUGUCACAGAAUUUAUCCUCCUGGGACUUUUUAGUGAUGAGCAUGAGAAGGUUGCCUGCUUUGUCCUGUUCUCACUUUUCUGUAUCGCAGUUCUCUCAGGAAACCUGCUCAUUCUUCUCACCAUCAGGGGCAGCCGCCUCAGUGAGCAGCCCAUGUACUUUUUCCUCAGCUACCUGUCCUUCAUGGACAUCUGCUUCACGUCCACGGUGGCCCCCAAACUGAUCACAGACUUACUGGCCGAGCGGUCGACCAUCUCCUACAACGGCUGCUUGUCCCAGAUGUUUUAUGCCCACUUCUUUGGUGCCACUGAGAUCUUCAUCUUGGUGGCCAUGGCCUAUGACCGCUAUGCAGCCAUCUGCAGACCCCUUCACUAUAUGGUCAUCAUGAGCAGACGGGUGUGCUAUGUCCUUGUGACGGCCUCUAUUAUUGGAGCGUUUAUCCAUUCAAUCCUGCAUGUACUGAUUAUUAUUGAACUUCCCUUCUGUGGCCCCAAUCAGAUAGACCAGUAUUUCUGUGAUGUCUUCCCCCUGCUGAAGCUGACCUGCACGGACACCUGCCUGUCAGUCAUCACGAUCAUUACCACCACAGGGGUGCUGUCCAUUUUGACUUUUGUUGCCUUGGUAAUUUCUUACAUCAUCAUCCUGUCCACCCUGAGGACCCGUUCCUCGGAGGGCCGCCGCAAAGCCGUCUCCACCUGCAGCUCACACAUCACUGUUGUGUUCUUGUUCUUCUUGCCCCUCAUCUUCACCUAUGUCCCCACAGCUGAUUCUGUCAGUAACGACAAGGUUUUUGCCCUGUUUUACACCAUGAUUGCCCCCAUGUUCAACCCUCUCAUCUACAUGCUGAGAAACACAGACAUGAAGAAUGCCAUGAGGAAAGUGUGGUGCCGAGACAAACUGUUUGAAGGGAAAUGA